AAGCCUUUAGUCCGUGGGACGUUUAGUCGCUUGGGUAGACACCACCCUCAGAGACUAAACUAUCGACUAAACUACGAAAUAUGGCUUAGUCGCUACUUUAGUCGCUUGGGUAGAGAGCGGCCUAACAAAUAGAACAAUGGACGAAGAUGAUGCGGAAUUCCUGAUUGAGCAACGGACACUCUUUAUCGUGCUGGCUGCGUUUUCUGUAGUAGCACUGUGCCUCUUGAUAUGCUUCCGAAGAUGCGGGAGCGAUUGUAAACCUCCGUACAUUACGGGCUUUGUGGGGGUCUUCAUUAUCACCCUUGCAUCCUGUCUGCUCUUUUCCUACGGCACCAUUGGAGACUACGAAGACAACUUUGACUACUAUGGUCCCAUGCGAAUUGUAGGGGCAGAAGUACAAGUGCGACUAGUGAGCCAUGGCUGUGGCAGAGACUGGCGGCAGAGUUGCAGCUUCACCGAGCUGGACAUUGGAAAAUGCACCACUUGUCAAUCUCUGGUGCACACGACAACAGUGACAUUGGACUGGGGAUAUGAUUGGGCUUGUCCCAAUACAGAUAAUACUACAAUUUGCGAAUCUACCACUUUUGUCAAAACUUGUGGGUCCGUGGCGUGUACCAGAGCGGCUCCAGGACCAAGGCAGAGACCAGGGCCUCUGGAAUGCUCCGAAGAAGAACAUGCCAAUGCAUCCAUCAGCGCCGAGGAAUGCACGAGAAGCAAGAUUUUUUCGUCCCCAGACGCAUAUCCACCCUUCAGUCCAAACGAAGACCCCCUUCAAAAUCACACAUCAUGGCCGACUGUCGAACGAUAUGGAGACUGCGAUACCUGUCAAGUGGAAGAGAGCAUUCCCAGUCCAGACCUACUGAAUGGAUUGAAGAUAUCUGGUCUCUUUUUUCUCUUUUUGGGUGUCGCCGUCAUUUUGACUUCGAUUUUGAUGUGCUAUCUACCCACAACAACCUGCUGUGCUGUCAGUGACAAAGCUGCCGUCCUCCAGCGCGUCCGACGAGAUGGCUUGACGCUGCGCCUUGCCUCGAAGGAAUUGCGCAAUGACUUGGAAGUUGUCAUGGCUGCCAUUCGCCAAAACGGGGGUGCCAUUCAAUAUGCUUCACCCAAUCUACAAAACAGAAGAGACAUUCAGGAGGUAGCCUUGAAGCAAACGCCAUACGCAUUUAUCCAUGUCCCCAAACAUCUGCAAGACGACAAACAAGUGGCCCUGCAAGCCGUGCAUCAGCAUGGGUGGCUCCUUAAGUAUGCAUCUCCACGCCUUCAAGCGAAUCGUGACGUGGUCCUGGCUGCCGUGCAACAGGGAGGAAGAGCGCUGCAAUACGCAUCGAAAGAACUGCGGGCAGAUCGAGAGAUUGUGUUGGCGGCAGUGAGACAGCGGGGUGAUGCUUUGGAAUUUGCUUCCGACGACCUGAAGGAUGACCAAAAUACAGAUCAGAAUGUUGUAUGGGAAGCUGUGCACACUUCUGGGGAAUGGAUCUUGAAGAGAAAGAAUAUGUCCAAGACAAUGCUACGAGAUCCCAAAAUCAUAGCCGAGGCCAAGCGAAGAACAGCAGAACUCAAGGCAGGGAGUCGUGUUUGACCAGUACGAGAUGUACCGUACCGGUAUGGCCAGAGUACCGGUGCUGUAUGGGUACCGGUAUUGGUGACUCUUCUUUUCGAUUAUACUCUUCUUUUCGAUUAUACUUGGUGUCCUGUCAACCAACCUCUCUGUCAGGCACAGAUUUGGUUUGUAUGAAGCUGGGUCGAACUCGGAUAUCUGAUGCACUUCUGUAAGGGAAGAACCUGCAGCUGCUUUGAGGUGCUCUUGGCGCGAAUGCACCGAGUCGAGUCGUCAGCGCUGCUUUCAUUUGCUGUACGACGGGCCACGGAGUAGAUGGAGACUUGAACACGAUUGGUUCUCGGCCCCAGCCCAGCAUCUACACCCCGAGUUUCAAAGCCACUACCUACCGUAGCUAGACAGUGCAACCAAAAUAUGUACUAUGUAUUGAUUAUCCCUACAAGAGCCAGAAGAUCCAAGGCUGAUUAGUGGGGUUGAGUGUGCCCAGGAUUUCGCGCGUUACACAUGUUUGAUGGUCUCUCAAUCCAAUUGAAAUUUAGAAUCCUGACUCCAUAUCAUUGGUGAAACUAGAUGCAGCGACGAUGUCGUGUGCAGCCCAGCCGUGCUCGCCACCAAAGGGCUCAGGGUCGAACAAGCCGUCCGCAUCCUCCAAAAUCUUCAUGGCAGUGUUCAGGAUGGAGCUGAGCCUGGUUGCAGUAGUGUUGGUGCCUACACUGGGCUUCUCGUGGGCACUCGACAUGCCAAAACAUGUCAGAUCCAUCGAAUCCAUUCCAGAACUAGUUCCGAAAUUGGGUGUGCUUGACUGUGGCAAUGAAGGGAGAUUGAAAUCUGCAGAGGGGCCCGGAGGGUUGACCAAAGUUCCGCGGUUUGCUUCUUCCCUGUGACUUGUAUCCGUAUUUUGGAAGAGUUGAACAAGUGUCAUAUUGUUGUCUGUUUGGCUGCUGAAGCCACCGUUGCGCCCUUGGACCGAGUCUGAGUUCAUGGUGGAGAUGAAGAGAAAUGAACGAAUACAGUUUCGGUCUGAACUAACUGUGGGAAUAGCUGGCUAGGGAGCGCUAUUACAGCUAUAGCUAGAUUAUGAGAAGUUUGUGGCAAAGAAUAAUCGAGCUAUAAUAGUAAUAACCUCUGAGCAAUCCGCAACCAGCACGUGCAAGAGGAAACGUGAUGGUUCUAGUGAGCUGCUUUGGGAUGUCUCUCUAAGACUCAUUUUGGCCAUUAUUGAAAGCAAUUUCCACCAAGAGAGAACUCGAGAGAAGAGUACUAAUCUACUACUUUCUGCUGGCACAUACAGUACAGCACUUCAAAGCCUAUGCUGGAACCAAACAGUUAACUGUUGCUUCAAAGCGGUUCGAUUAUGGUGGUAUUCACCCAUUUCCAUUCACACAAGAGCCAAGAUCCAGGAGUGCUUCAAUAAAUCAUCAAAAUGACUGGUCUGGGAGUGGUGCUUCUGCUGAAAGCUGAGAGGGAAGACACACUGCGGUACGGAUGGCUGUGCCGAUCCAGCUAUCCAGCUUUCGACUGAAUGUUUCCGAUUGCAAGUACAGUACCGGUAGCAUGAGAAAUGAGAUAGAUGCAAAGAUACGAGCUCUCGCACUAAUGCAUUAAUUUUAUUUAUGCAAGACAAUGCCUCAGUGCCAAGAAAGUUGGGUUGCCAAAAACCCAAAAACAGAAUCUGUUUGUAAACAGAUAGCUCCAGCAACUUACCAACUAACUUACUAUUGCUGGCACUUGAUGCCAUUCCAAUUCGGUAGCCACAAGUAAUUAAUUUUAAAAUUGAAG